CGGGCCAGACAAGCCCGGAUUCGGCUUGCUCAAAUGAUGGCCAGCGUUGGUGCCAAUGCAGGACGAACGGGAUCAGACGAUGAAGACGACAACGAAAAGGAGAAGGAGCAGGAAGAGGAGGAGGAGGAGGAGGAGGAAGAGGAAGAAGAGGAGGAGGAGGAGGAGGAAGACGAAGAUGAGGAUGAAGACGAGGACGCGGAGGGGUACAAGGACGAGGAGGAGAAGAAGGAGAAAAAGGAGAAGAAAGAUAAGAAAGAGAAGGAGACGAAGAGGGGCGAAGAGCAGUGGGCGGAAUGGAGGCUGGGCUGGGCUGACGACGUCGUGAGGAUGCGGCGUCGGACUGGACAGCGAAGCAGUCUUGGUCUCGUCAAAACGCGUCCCAACGGCUCCUUCGGCAGACUCGGGCCUCGAGCCAGGGCCGAUUCGGAGGGCAAUGCCGAGCUUCGUCCGAUGCUCGACACAACCGCUCCCAGAAGUCCCGUUGUCUGGGCCGACGAGGAGCCUCAACGACGACAGCAACCACGACAGCAACCACGACAACCGCCGUCUUACCGACGUGGAGAGAGCCAGUUGUGGUGGGGUGACGGAGUGAAAAAGAGCCUGACUGUGGUGGAGACGCAGUCGGGCAGAGAUGAGGUGGUGAAGGAGGACUCGAGACAUGCCAGUCUCAGAUCGACGCAUUCAACCGCGGCCAGGAGGGAAGCGAAUAAAAUGAGUAAGUUCUCGCUUCAUUGCAUCUUUCACUCGGUCGUAUUGGCCAGAAAACUCACUAUAAAGCUUUUGGGAUUCACACUUUAG